AUGUUUAAAAAAGAUGUCUCCCAUGGUGCCAGGUCAAAAGUCAAAUCCUCCGUCCAGCGAGCCAUCAAACAAAAGCUCGUCGAAACAUAUCCAGGCUUCGCGCCCUAUAUCGAUGAGAUAAUACCUAAAAAGGCCUCUCUGGAGGCUGUCAAGCUCCACACCCCUGACCGCGUAACACUCUACACCCUCGACUCGCGUCCCAUACUCUUCCAAUCCCUUGACACACCCCCGAUCCCCCACUUACGGGUUCUGCACGCGUUCCCUGAUGCCAUCCCCAACAUAGGCAUAGACCGGGGCGCCAUUCGUUUCGUCCUCUCUGGCGCUGCGCUCAUGGCUCCCGGUCUCAUUUCGGCUGGUGGCAGGUUGCCCGAUCCUGCGAAUAAUCCUGGAGACAGAGAAUUAGAGGCUGGAGAGGUUGUGGCGGUUAAGGCGGAGGGGAAGGAGGAGAUUUGUUUGGUGGGUCGGUUGAAGAUGGGCACAGAGGAGAUGAAGAAGAAAGGCAAAGGGGUUGUUAUGGAUGAGGGGCAUUAUUUAGGGGAUGGGUUAUGGAAGAUCGAGUCUGUGGGGUGA